UCGACGCCCGCGUGUCCACGCGAUUUUGCGCCGAAUUAGUCAGCCCCACGUCGUAUACGUCGGCUUAUAUGGGCACGCGGAUUUCCUCGUUCCAUUUCAUAUCGCUGCAGGAGACGCGGCGCGCGAUGAAGACCGUCUCGUCGUCGCAGGCGCUGUUCCCAACCUCCUCCAAGCUCUGCACCCCGUACCUCCUCCUCCUGCCACUCGGCCUCCUCGCCGCGGUGGUCGUCAUCCCCAGCCUCGGCUCCUCCCACGUCCGCUCCAACGGCCUCGGCGUGCUCUGCCCCGGCCUCGACUCCGACGGCUACUCCGUCGCGUCGGGAGCAGCCGAGAAGGUCGUCUCCACCUCUGUGGAGGCGACGACGCUGACGGCGCCGCAGCCGGAGUUCCGCCUCCUCGUGGGCGUGCUGACCACGCCGAAGCGGUACGAGCGGCGAGGCAUCGUGCGCCUGGCGUACGCGCUGCAGCCGGCGACGCCGGGCUACGCGCAGGUGGACGUGCGCUUCGUGCUCUGCGGCGUGGGCAUCGACCCGGUCGACAGAACGCUGGUGGCGCUCGAGGCGGCCCGGCACGGCGACAUCCUCCUGCUCAACUGCACGGAGAACAUGAACGACGGCAAGACGCACGAGUACUUCUCCUCCGUGCCGCGCACCUUCGCCGACGCGCCCUACGACUACGUCAUGAAGACCGACGACGACACCUACCUGCGGGUGGCCGCCAUGGCCGCGGAGCUCCGCUCCAAGCCCCGCGACGACGCCUACAUCGGCUACGGCUUCGAGGUCGGCGACGACCCCAUGCAGUUCAUGCACGGCAUGGGGUACAUCGUGUCGUGGGACAUCGCGAGCUGGGUGUCCACCAACGAGGACAUACUAAGGUACAACGACACCCACGGCCCCGAGGACCUCCUCUUCGGCAAGUGGCUCAACAUCGGCAAGCGGGGCAAGAACCGCUACGACCUCAAGCCGAGGAUGUACGACCUCAACUGGUUCAGGGACAACUUCCGCCCGGACACCAUCGCCGUGCACAUGAUCAAGGACAACCGCCGCUGGGCUGAAGCAUUCAGAUACUUCAACGUCACAAGCGCCUGAUUGAUCGUCCCAUCCAGGCUCUACCACUUGCCCUGAUUGAUUGAUUGAUCGAUCGAUCGACCAAGCUGGCUGUUUAUAUUUUA